ACGACUUUGAUUUAGGGCCACAAACACAUGUUCUAUUAUAAAAAGCCCAGCCACAGAAAUACCAAACCCUAAACCCUAACUUCCUAUCUAUUUAUUUCACUACCGCCCCACUCACAUUUCACAUCUCCUUCUUCAUCGUCAUCUUCCUCACUCGUAGGAUAAAUUUGUGCCCACCAUGUCGAAGAAUCCUAAGGUUUUCUUUGAUAUUCUUAUUGGAAAAGCCAAAGCUGGGAGGGUAGUAAUGGAGCUUUUUGCUGAUGCUACUCCUAAAACAGCUGAAAACUUUAGAGCUCUAUGCACCGGUGAAAAGGGAAUUGGACAAUUAGGGAAGCCUUUGCAUUUUAAAGGUUCUGGAUUUCAUCGGAUAAUUCCAGAUUUUAUGUGUCAAGGAGGUGAUUUUACAAGAGGGAAUGGGACUGGAGGAGAGUCGAUUUAUGGGUCUAAAUUUGCGGAUGAGAAUUUCAGUUUGAAACAUACUGGGCCUGGUAUUCUUUCCAUGGCAAAUUCUGGACCUAAUACGAAUGGUUCCCAGUUCUUUAUUUGUACUGCUAAGACUCAGUGGCUUGAUGGAAAGCAUGUUGUGUUUGGUAAAGUUGUGGAUGGGUAUAGUGUGGUUCAGGAGAUGGAGAAAGUUGGUUCGCAAAAUGGUAGGACCUCAGAACCUGUUGUGAUUGAAGAUUGUGGACAAGUUAAAACUGAAUGAUAAUUUUGCAACAUUGUUAUAGUUAUGUUGUAACUUUUUCUGUUUUCAUUGUAAAUUACCUUGCAAUAAGUUAAGAUGGUUUGUGUUUCAAACCUGCUUAUAGGUUUGGAGACAAUGCUCUUUUUCUUUUAUAAAAUGCAUUGCUCAGGCCUUUUGUU